AUGGUCACUGACGUCCUCCACCCUGGGAAGGCAGCAGCACCUAAGACAGAAAUUUGGAAAAGAGCGGCCAAAAUGUGUAACACCACACCAGAUGUCAUCUUUGUGUUUGGAUUCAGAAGCCAGUCUGGUUGUAGCUAUAUGACUGCCUUUGGCAUGAUUUAUGAGUCCUUGGAUCACGCAAAGAAAAAUGACCCCAAACAUAGACUUGUAAGACAUGGCCUGUAUGAGAAGACAACCUCAAGAAAACAGAAGAGGGACAUAAGAACAGAAUGA